CAUACAUGUCCUAGACAAUAAAGGGCAUACAAUUAGAGUUCAUCAAUUUGAUUGCCUUUUACAAAAGUCUUUUUCCGACCCAAACACAAUAAAGAACCAAAAUCACUCAUGGGUGAGGAUAGAGGUAGCAUUGCCUUCUUCACCACCUAUCGGCCUCCGGUGGCGUUGGACUUAUACUCAUGUCCGCUAUUACCAACGUCGAACCGACACGACGAGAUCCAUCUGACCGAUGGACAGUCGUACAACUCCAACGCCCGAGUAAUUCCGCCGAAGGCUCUCAAAUCGAUACUCGAAAAGCUCGACAAACAUCCUACGCUGGCUACCGCGGGCGUGGAAGCUGAUGUUGAUUCAGGUCGUCUUUCGGGAAUGGUCUUUGUCUCUGAACGUACAUGUGAUCUCGAGACUCUUCACAUAGCCCUUCGCUUCAAUGACAACCCGCCAAAAUUAGAAAUCUUCAACUUUGCUCAAGUCUAUGGCACCUUCAAUGGUGUUCGGAUGGAAGACAGUGCUUGUUUCGCUGAAAAUGAUGAUUAUAUUGUCUAUGUCACUACCAAAGAUGGUGCCCCCGAUCGUCGUCAACCUUGGACUACCGUCUAUAAAACCAAUCUGAAGACUGGGGCAACUGACCGCCUCACCCCGUCACUCCAGGCAGAUUUGAGCCCCUCGGUAUCACUAUCAGGGAAGAGAGUAGCAGUUGCAUCAUUUCAGAAAAGGGGUGGUUGGCGUGGCGAGAGAGAGAAGCUAAAGACCGACAUUUUCGUGAUGAACGUAGCAAAGCCUUACAACCGUAUAUUGGUCAUAAAAGAUGGUGGUUGGCCAACUUGGGGAAGUGAAGAUAUCAUAUUUUUUCACCGAAAGGUUGGGAACAAUUGGGGUGUGUUUCGAGCAAACAUUAGGAAUGGUCUCACAUCAGACGUGUAUCGUGUCACCCCAGAAGGAAUUGACGCCAUAACUCCAGUAGCUAUCGACUCCAACCGAGUAGUAGUGGCUACUAUCCGCAAGCAAUCAGCAUUGCGGAAGUUCACUGAUAUUCGUGAAGAAGAACAAUAUCGACAAAUUGAGGUUUAUGACUCUAGCGGACAACAAGAAACGAUACGAAUAACUGCCAAAUUGAAACCAACAACUGACCAUUUUAAUCCUUUCAUCAUCGAAGACCAAAAUGGUGAGAAACGCAUUGGUUACAAUCGUUGCAAGACCAAUCUUCUCAAGAGUGGAGAGGAUGUACCUAGAAAGUUUGACCAGUUACAAUCUCAACAUUCCGAAAUAGAACUAUUUAGGGUGUCUGGAGUGUUUCCAACCUUUUCUCCAGACGGCUCCAAGCUUGCAUUUGUGGACAAUGACUUCAAAGCCGUGUGGCUGGCUGAUGACAAAGGAUUGCGAAAGAUCUAUCAGAUGGCUGAAAACAAAUUCUUCUCGCCUGUUUGGAACCAAAAUAAUGAAAAGGAUAUAUUAUACAUAUGCUUUGGACCUUCAUUUAGUGCAAAAGACACAGUAAAUAUCUGUGCCAUCAUUAAUCCUGCUGGCGGUACACAACAGCGUAAAAAGCUCACUAAACAAUUCAAUAAUGCUUUCCCAUCAACGAACGGUGAAGGGACACAGCUAGUUUUUCGAUCUACAAGAGAUCAUCAUGAAAACGGAGGAAUAUUCAAGAAUUUGUAUAUAAUGAAGAGUGCAGAUGAAGGAGAAUUUGGAAGGGGCGAAAUACGGAGGCUAACAACAGGGAAUUGCAUUGAUACACAUUGCAAGUGGUCACCAAGAAACGAUUGGAUAGUAUUUUCGUCAAACCGUGACAUGCCUGAAGAUGCUCGCAAAUGUGAUGAAGAUCUUGACUCAGGAUACUUCUCUGUAUAUCUCGUAAAAGCCGACAAUCCAGAUGUUUUGGUGCGAGUGAUGUAUAGUGGAAGUGAUCUUGCAGGCCAUGUAAAUCAUCCAUUUUUUAGCCCCGAUGGGAAAAGCAUCGUCGUUACUUCAGAUGUUGCGGCUGUAUCAGCUGAUCCGAUGUCGUUGCCGCUCUUCCUACACUCAGCCAGACCUUACGGAGAUAUCUUUACUAUUGAUAUUGAUUCAGAUGAUAUUAAUAAGAACGAGGAUUUAAAGAUGUUCAACCGUAUUACUCAUAGUAGAUAUGAGAAUGCAACUGGUACUUGGACCAAAUCCUCAACUCGUGACCCUUCUGCUAAAUGGAAUCAACUUAUAAAAACACUCCCCAUGUACUCUACCGCUCCUUGGUUGUCUACCAAAGAAAAGAUGGUGGUUGCCUCUAAGAUCUCUACUGCUGCUGCGACACUCAUGCUCUUGUUCCCUUAUGUCUCUGUAGUCAUGUUGGGUCUUGUAUUAUUAAAAGCCUUUAAGAGAGCGAACUGAGGUCACUUAUUGAACAACAUGCUUUUUGCCAUUUUGGCGGAAACAAUCCAAGUUUUAAAAAUGGAUGAACCUCAAAGUUUUAAACAUCGGCCCCACACCCUCUAGUUAUUGUAUGGAACAAUUAACGUUGGUUUGUAAUAGUUUGAACAAUUAGUAGUAAUGAAUGAAAGUCCUUGUUUACCAAAAAAAAGCUAUAAACAUCUUUAUUAGCACGUAAACUGUUGGAGUUUCUAAAAGGAUAGCUUUUACGAAACAAGUUAACCUCAUAUUCAAAUUAAAGGUCUUUGUGAUUAACCGGUAGCUUUUUGUUACCGUGCAAAGUAUGCAUAUAUGUUGUACUAAAAGUUAAGUGAUGAUAUUGUGUCAGACUCGUCUGACAAACCAUUCUCGUCGGAUGAAACCACGCGCGUCUUAGUUAAAAGCAGCAAAACAAUAAAACAACACAAGCUGAAAGAAUAAUAAGACUAACUGAAACAAAGUAAAAUGAAACCUGAAUGAAAAAAGAAGCACUAACUGAAAGGAAAAAAGAACCAAAUGAAAAACAAGCAACAAACUGAAACACAACAAACCAAUAAUCACGCA